AGCUACCCUGUUAUUGUUUAGAUUGUUGGCGCGCUGAAACUGAACAACGUGCUAUAUAGUCUUAACAAUAAGUAUAUACCUUUUAUAUAUACGGGUUAGCAGAGCCAGUGUUUGAACUCAGUCAACCUAUUACUUUUACAUAUAUACAUGCACUAACCCCGAGCACAAACAAGUCCUCCAGCCCCAGAGCGGGCAACCAUUUCAAUGGCUCCGUCACUACUAGGACCCAUUGUCAUACUUCUGUCUUCGACAUUAGUUUCGUCUCAAGGAUCUUUCGGCAACCCAUCAAAAUUUUGCUACACACCCCCUGCUCCCAAAAAUGGAGAAGUGAUGUGCGACUACAUCUACAUUAGUGAAGAGUUGAAGUCGAACUACUUAUGCGUUUUCACGUGUGAUGACGGAUAUCGGUUUGAUGGCAUCGAAGAGGAUCGCAUUUCCAAGAUCUGCUACAAUGGAACAUACGGCUUCCGGGAAGAUCCAACAACCCCGCCUUGUGUUCCUCGGUGCAUAGUUCCAGACCUGCCAGCGAACGUGACAGCGUCCUGUGUUGAUAAACCCAAUGGCGGGAAAAGCUGCGUUGUCGCCUGCUCUCCAGGUUUCCACUACAUCUCGGAGCCUGCGGAGAGCUACGUGUGCAAAGGGGACGGAAAAUGGCUGCCCGAUAUCGCGACAGCACCACAGUGCCUGCCAGAUCCACUGGCCGUCAUAAGUCACGAUGGUCAAGCUUUGUGCGCAGCCUGGGGCCAGAGUCACUACAGAACCUUUGACAACAAAAUCUUCACCUUCCAAGGGACAUGCAAAUACGUCUUGGCUUACGUGCCCAACUAUUUCGAAAUCAUGACAGUCAACGACAAGAUAUGUGUGGAUGGAUUGAACUGCACUAGGGAUAUUGAGAUAUACUUCAACGACAACGUUGUCCGAUUGAGGUCUGCACAAUCUGGGCCCAUUGUGGAAUGGAAUGAGAGAAGGUUCAAUAUCCCAGGCUCCAGGACAGGCACUGUUAUAGAAAGAGUUGGAAGCUACGUGACAGUCAAAAGUCCCUUGCAGUUCACGCUGAAGUGGGACGGUAGUCAGUCCGUGUUUAUUACGGUGUCUGACAAUCUUAAAGGAAAAGUCAGUGGCUUGUGUGGUCGUUACAAUGGAAACCCACGUGAUGACUUUGAGAAUGCCAGCGGAAAAGUUGUCACCUCAGUUUCCAGCUUUGGAAACAGCUGGAAGAAAACGAAGCUGUCAAAUGGCCCUGUAUGCUUGGACUUGCAACAAACCAGCGGAUGCAGCAACGAUCUUGUCGAACAGAGUGCUCAAGCCAAAUGUGGAGAUCUUCUCACAGAUCCCGCUUUCAAACUUUGCCAUUCGGUAGUCGACCCACAACCUUAUGUAGAGGCCUGCAAAACUGACUGCUGUAGCGCAGACUCUGCUGGGUGUAUGUGCGAGACAAUGCAAGCAUAUUCCAGAGCAUGUGUGGACCUUGGUGUCAGACUCUCGUGGAGAAAUCCAGGGCGUUGCGAAAUCCAGUGUGAUGGUGGUAAAGUAUUCAAAGAAUGCGGCAGUUCAUGCAUCGAAGACUGUUCCAGUGCCAGUGCUACCUGCUCUGACCCCACCUGCAUCGAUGGGUGCUUCUGUCCAGAUGGCUAUGCAUUACACAAUGGUGUAUGCAUACAGAAACAGGAAUGUCCAUGCACAUUGACUGCAGAGCAAGGAACUGGAAAAGAGUAUCAACAAGGACACAUCAUUAAAAAAGAAUGUAACACAUGCACCUGCAAGGCUGGUCAAUGGGACUGCACUCACCAGACAUGUGACAAGGUUUGCUCUGCCUCUGGAGAUCCUCACUACACCACGUUUGAUGGAGUGAGAUUUGACUUCAUGGGCAUGUGCUCUUAUUACAUGGUGAAGAAUUCCGAGUUCGAUAUCAUUGUGAACAAUGUGCGAUGUGGACACGGCGGGUCUUCAUGCACUAAAUCAGUAACCAUUGAUAUCGAUGGAAGCCUUGUGAAUCUGGAUAAAAAUCAUCAGCUGGUCGUUGAUGGACGUGAAGUUUCUUCUCUGCCUUUCGCAAGACCUGGAAUCCAAGUGUCCAUGGUGUCUUCUCUAUUUAUGCAGGCUAAACUGUACAACGGCAUUACAGUCUUGUGGGAUGGACGGACAAGGGCGUACAUCAAGGCACCACCCUCUAUGAUGAAUAAGACUCGAGGUCUGUGCGGUACCUACGAUGGAAAACAGAGUAAUGAUUUCAUUACACCUCAAGGGAUCAAAGAGUAUAAUACCAAUUUGUUUGGCAACCAAUGGAAGACAGACAGGCACUGUGCUGACAUAGGUGCAACCUCCAAAACCCACCCUUGUGAUUCUCAGGCACAGCGCUUAGCUCAGGCUAAAAGUCUUUGCGGCUAUCUGAAAAACCAGACUUUCCAAGCUUGUCACGAUGUUGAGGAUGUGGAUUUGUAUUAUGAGGACUGUAUGUACGAUCUCUGUGCGUGUACACAGAACCUAUUUGAUUGCCUGUGCCCCACUCUUGGAAUAUACGCUGACACAUGCGCUGCUAAAGGCGUUUUGGUCAACUGGCGAGACCAAGUCAGCGAGUGCCAGCUGAAAUGUCCUGGAGGACAACAUUAUCAGGUAUGUGGUCGUCCAUGUGAGAGAACUUGCCGGGAUCUUGCAGCAAACACCGACGAUUUAUGUGACCAAAAGUGUGUUGAGGGCUGCAACUGUCCUGAUGGUCAGUCAUUAAACAAUGAUGGGGAAUGUGUUCCUGUUGAAGAGUGUCCCUGUAUUUUCGAUGGCCGUGAAUAUCCUGCUGGUCAUACGUCUCUGAAAGGAACAGAUAUAUGCGUGUGCGCAGGUGCACAGUGGCAGUGCCACAAAGUAAGGUACAGCGACCAUCGCAAACUGCCAUUCAUCAAGCCUCUGUGUCCAGCGAACAUGGAGUACAACGCUUGUCCAUCUAACUGCCCUCUCACCUGUGAAAAUAUGGACUCUCCGUCUACCUGUGAUGUCUCAACCUGUACGCCAGGCUGUGCCUGCAUAGACGGCUAUGUGUUAGAUGGGGACAAGUGUGUCAAAGAAUCUAUGUGCCCAUGUCAGCAUGGAGGUAAAUCCUACUAUGAGGGGGAUUCGCUGCUUCUUGACUGCAACGAAUGCGUAUGUAGAGGUCAGGUGUGGCAGUGUGAGGAUAAUGAAUGCCCGGCUACGUGCAGUGCCUACGGUGAUUCCCACUACUCCACAUUCGAUGAACUCUCCUACGAGUUCCAAGGGUCAUGCGACUAUAUUUUGGCUCAAUCUGCUGACAACAAUCCAGACAAAUUUGUCAUCACAACAAAAAAUGUACAGUGUGGAACCAGUGGCGUGACUUGCUCCAAAGGCAUUGAUAUCACCUUAGGACGAGAGUCGACCAGCUCAUUUUACCGUUUGAAGCUUGAAAGAGGUAAAAUUUCACCACCAGGUCUUCUGCAUCAAUCAAAUACAGUCAUUCGUAUUUCUGUAGUUUCAUAG